AUGUUAAUUACAGGAAGAAACUUGUUGCAAUGUACUUCCACAAAAUUGUCAUAUUUGCCAAACAUUCGAGAUAUUGUACUUAAUAGUAAACAAAACAUAGCAGGUGCCAAAUCAGACACAAUUGACAAUGCUAUUACUCCAAAAACCUCUGACGUAGUAGAUAAAAUAAUAAGCAAAAAGGACUUGAUUUCUAAGAAAGGAAGAAAUGAAAUAAAGCCACUUUGGGUCAACUUUAAUUCCAAAUACAAUACCAAAUAUGAUUCCCCUAAACGGGCUCAAUUGCAAAAAACUAAUGAAUUCUUCAAUAAGGCCAAAGUUGAAUUCGAAUGGGGAGUUGGUUCGUUUAGGUCAAUUCCUAGUGAAAUUGUAAAAGCCAAUUUCAAAGAGAAAGAGAUGGAUGGAUGUAUACCCAGUAACUCAGCAAAAAGAUUUCCUGGCAAAACAAAAAUACCAUUUAAACUUAUUAACGGACUGCCAGAGAUAGCAUUUUUGGGGAGUUCAAAUGCUGGAAAGUCGACUUUAUUAAACAAUCUAACUACCCAAUUGGGUAGACAAAAGUUAAAUCAAGAAGCUAGAAUGUCCAGCAAGCCUGGUUUCACUAAGACACUGAAUUGUUUUAAUAUUGGGAAUAAGUUUAGAUUAGUCGAUACUCCUGGGUAUGGGUUUGGCAGUAGAAUAAACCAAGGAGGGUUGACAAUGGAAUAUAUUGAAAACAGAGAAGAGCUGGUGAGGUGUUAUGUGCUGAUACCAGGGGAUCAAGGUUUUACCAACCUUGAUAUACAAAUACUUCAUUAUCUGCGAGAUAUUGGUAAGCCAUUCGAAAUAAUAUUCACAAAGAUGGACAAGGUUAGGGAUCUGGUUACGUUAGAGAAGGAGAUAGAAAGAUCAGGUAUUAUGGAUUUUCCAUCUCUGCCAAGGCUCUUGUUCACAAAUUCCUCUAUUUCCAAGAAUUGUACCAAACGAUACGGAAUUUCUGGACUAAGGUGUACUAUUUUACAGUGUUGUAAUCUAUUGGAUUAA